ACUGCGGGCCCCGGCUCGGGCGCGGGGACCCUGCCGCGAUGGCACGUGGCUCUGGCCAUCGGGGCGCCCCUGUUGCUAGGUGCCGGGGCCAUGUACCUGUGGAGCCGAAGGCGGCGGCGCCGGGAGGCGGCAGGCCGGGGCGAAAGCGGCGGCCUGAAGCGCAACAGCGAACGAAAGACCCCGGAGGGCAGGGCCAGUCCGGCCCUAGGCAGCGGCCACCCCGACGGUUCUGGUGACUCUCUGGAAAUGAAUUCUCUGGAUAGAGCCCAAGCAGCCAAGAACAAAGGCAACAAAUAUUUCAAAGCAGGAAAAUAUGAACAAGCUAUUCAGUGCUAUACUGAGGCAAUUAGCUUGUGCCCUACUGAGAAGAAUGUAGACCUUUCUACAUUUUAUCAAAACAGAGCUGCAGCCUUUGAACAGUUGCAAAAAUGGAAAGAGGUGGCACAAGAUUGUACAAAGGCUGUUGAACUUAAUCCCAAAUAUGUGAAAGCUCUCUUUAGACGUGCAAAAGCCCAUGAGAAGCUAGACAAUAAGAAGGAAUGUUUAGAAGAUGUCACUGCUGUGUGUAUAUUAGAGGGCUUCCAGAACGAGCAGAGUAUGCUGUUAGCUGAUAAAGUUCUCAAACUCCUCGGAAAAGAGAACGCCAAAGAGAAAUAUAAGAACCGUGAACCUCUGAUGCCAUCACCACAGUUUAUUAAGUCUUACUUCAGUUCUUUCACGGAUGAUAUAAUUUCUCAACCAAUGCUUAAAGGAGAGAAGUCUGACGAAGAUAAAGACAAGGAAGGAGAAGCUUUAGAAGUAAAAGAAAAUUCUGGCUAUUUAAAAGCUAAGCAGUAUAUGGAAGAAGAAAACUAUGACAAAAUCAUAAGUGAAUGCUCAAAGGAAAUAGAAGCUCAAGGCAAAUACAUGGCAGAAGCUUUACUACUACGAGCUACCUUCUACCUACUCAUUGGCAGUGCCAAUGCAGCCAAACCUGACUUAGAUAAAGUCAUCAGUUUGAAGGACGCUAAUGUGAAGCUUCGCGCAAACGCCCUUAUCAAAAGAGGCACCAUGUGCAUGCAGCAGCAGCAACCCAUGCUAUCUACACAGGAUUUCAACAUGGCUGCCGAGAUCGAUCCUCAGAAUUCAGACGUUUAUCACCACCGAGGACAGCUGAAAAUUCUGCUGGAUCUAGUUGAAGAAGCAGUGGCGGAUUUUGAUGCAUGCAUUAAAUUAAGACCCAAGUUUGCUCUGGCACAAGCUCAGAAGUGUUUUGCCCUGUAUCGCCAGGCAUAUACAGCAAACAAUUCUUCACAAGUCCAAGCAGCUAUGAAAGGUUUUGAAGAGGUCAUAAAGAAAUUUCCAAGGUGUGCUGAAGGCUAUGCACUUUAUGCCCAGGCAUUAACAGAUCAACAACAGUUUGGUAAAGCUGAUGAAAUGUAUGAUAAAUGUAUUGAUUUGGAACCAGAUAAUGCUACAACUUAUGUUCAUAAAGGUUUACUUCAACUUCAAUGGAAACAAGAUUUGGAUAAAGGUUUGGAGCUUAUCAGCAAAGCUAUUGAGAUUGACAACAAAUGUGAUUUUGCAUAUGAAACCAUGGGAACCAUUGAAGUACAGAGAGGAAACAUGGAGAAAGCCAUUGACAUGUUCAACAAAGCUAUCAACCUGGCCAAAUCGGAAAUGGAGAUGGCUCAUCUGUAUUCACUUUGUGAUGCUGCCCAUGCCCAGACAGAAGUAGCAAAGAAAUACGGAUUAAAACCGCCGACCUUAUAAAACCAAGGGGAAAGCAGACUGACUCUUUUUAAAAGAAGUUUACCCCCUCUUCAACUGAACCCUGAAGACACUGUCAUGACACUGUGUUGAAUGGUGGAACCUAGUAUUCCCUUUGUGAUGUUGUCAUUCAUUACAUCUGUUUCAUGUUUAGGUGUUGUGGGCGUGGCUGUUGAAGGAAGUUUGCAGUCUUGCAGCUUUUAUUCCCUAUGCUACAAAAGCUUAGAAUAUGUUAAAGGGAUAUUAAAACAAACUUGUAGAAUACAAACAGUAAUUGGCCAUGCAAAUAAAAACUUUGAUUUGUUGA